CGCCCCUCCAGCCGCCCGCCGCAGUGCGCAUGCUUGGGCGGCUGGGCCCGCGGCCUGCACCCCGCCGGCCCCUAGGACCCCGCAGGACCUCCGGGAUCCCCAGCCAUGGAAGUGGUGGCGGCGGCGGCGGCAGAGGCGGAGCGCGAGGAGCUGGACUUGGAUGUCAUGCAGCCCUUGAUGGAUGAGCAGCCUGGUGAUGGGACGUCAGAUGAAGAGCAUGAGCAGGAGCUCCUGCCUGCACAGAAGCAUUACCAGCUGCACGGCCAGGAGGGCAUUUCAUUUGUACAAACUCUUAUGCAUCUUCUUAAAGGAAAUAUUGGAACUGGCCUUUUAGGACUCCCAUUGGCAAUAAAGAAUGCAGGCAUUGUGCUUGGACCAAUCAGCCUUGUGUUUAUAGGAAUCAUAUCUGUACACUGUAUGCACAUUUUGGUACGUUGCAGUCACUUUCUAUGUCAGAGGUUUAAAAAGUCCACAUUAGGUUACAGUGACACUGUGAGUUUUGCUAUGGAAGUCAGUCCUUGGAGCUGUCUCCAGAAGCAGGCAGCGUGGGGAAGGAGUGUGGUUGACUUUUUUCUGGUGAUAACACAACUGGGAUUCUGUAGUGUCUAUAUUGUCUUCUUAGCUGAAAAUGUCAAACAAGUGCACGAGGGACUCCUGGAGAGUAAAGUGCUUGUCCUGAAUGCUACUGACUCGUCACACCUGUGUGAGAGGAGAAGCGUUGACCUCAGAAUCUACAUGCUGUGCUUCCUCCCGUUUAUCAUUCUUUUGGUCUUCAUCCGAGAGCUGAAGAGCCUGUUUGUGCUGUCGUUCCUCGCCAAUGUCUCCAUGGCCAUAAGCCUCGUCAUCAUCUAUCAGUUUGUCAUUCGAAAUAUGCCAGACCCCCACAACCUCCCAAUAGUGGCUGGUUGGAAGAAAUAUCCACUCUUUUUUGGUACCGCUGUAUUUGCUUUUGAAGGCAUAGGAGUGGUCCUCCCACUGGAAAAUCAAAUGAAGGAGUCAAAGCGCUUCCCACAAGCACUGAAUAUUGGCAUGGGGAUCGUGACAAUUCUGUAUGUCACAUUAGCUACCUUAGGAUAUAUGUGUUUCCAGGAUGAAAUCAAAGGCAGCAUAACCUUAAAUCUUCCCCAAGACGUAUGGUUAUAUCAAUCAGUGAAAAUUCUAUAUUCGUUUGGCAUUUUUGUGACAUAUUCAAUUCAGUUCUAUGUUCCAGCAGAGAUCAUUAUCCCUGUGAUCACAGCCAAAUUCCAUGCUAAAUGGAAGCAAAUCUGUGAAUUUGCAAUAAGGGCCAUCUUGGUUAGUAUAACUUGUGCCGGGGCGGUGCUGAUCCCCCGUCUGGACAUCGUCAUCUCCUUUGUGGGUGCUGUGAGCAGUAGCACGCUGGCCCUGAUCCUGCCGCCUCUGGUGGAAAUUUUGACAUUCUCCAAGGAGCACUACAACAUAUGGAUGGUCCUGAAAAACUUGUCCAUAGCCUUCACUGGGGUUGUCGGCUUCGUGCUGGGCACAUACGUAACUGUUGAGGAGAUUAUUUAUCCUACGCCCAGAGUCGUAGCUGGCAGUCCACAGAGUCCAUCUCUGGGUGUGAAUUCAACGUGCUUCACCUCUGGUUUGAAAUAACAGAAGAGGAUUCACAGUAAAACAUUCUACUUGUCACUGCUGAAAACAGAAAGAACUAGAAGAAUAUGUUGUCAUGUGCUAAGAAAUAGAGCCAUGUACUUUGGUAUAGUAUCCAUAUUCUGGCAAUUGUGGCUCUUAAUCAGCAGUGGUUAACUGUGAUGCUUCCUUGGUUUUAAGUAUGGGCAAUAAUUUUUUACUUAGUUUUGAAAAUUGAAAAAAAUUAUCCAUUAAAAUGAAAAAGUUAAAGAACAAAAAGACACAUUAUUCUUCAUCUCAAUUUGAAAUACCUUAACCAAGAUCUCUCUCCUUUACCCCAAGUUAUUUUUUUGUCACUCAGUUGAGGGAGUAAAUUAAAGGAGAACACUGGUGACAGAUACCUCAGACCUUCCUAAUUUACACAAUGUACCUUGUGUAAAUUAAAGAAAUAUCUGCAUUAUGUUUUUACUAGGGAAACCAUGUGCUUAUUAUGAUUAGCCCCUAGGAAUUCAGAAAGUCCCUAUAAAAUAUAGGCAUAAGAAAGUACCCUCUGUUUUUUGAACUGUUCUGUGGUGGUAAUUGAGCUUCAUAAUGCAAGAUUCAACCUCAAUGUUUCAGUAAGAUCUGAAAAGAGACCUGACAGAUUAUCUGAUACAACUCUGGGAUUUCCCUGUGGAAACAGAGACCCACACAGAUCAUGUGACUUGCUCGGGUCACACAGCCUUGAGAUCAAGGAGACCUGAGCUUCUAACUUUUCAUUGUUUGCAUUACAUCCAAGACAAAUGAUAACUUGUGACCAGUAAUGAUAUCUAAGUGCUUUGAGUAUAUGUACCUCCCCAAGUGUGAGGGAGCUCUACAAGGCCUGCACCCUAGUCAUGCAGACCUCACAGGGAAAGCAGCAGGCUCUGGGGGUUUUGUUUCUGGUUUUGCAUAUACCAAACAAACAGUUGUGGCGAUAGACAGACAGACACACACACACACACACACACACACACACACACACACACACACACCAUGGCUCUGAAGCCUUCCCCUGUGCUCUGGUGCUCCUAUGUGGAGCUGGGAACUUGAGCAGGCACUCUACCAGGUGAGCUAUCUUACUGAGCCCCGCAAAGUGCUUCUAAACAGAAGAAACUUGCUGAGAGAUGCUCCCUUAAGUGCCCCCCCCCCUUCAUGGGCUUACAGUCCUGAAGGGAAGCGAAUAGGUGUUGGACAAAACAUGGGACUGUGCACUUUCCCCAGACCUGUGGGGUUUCUUUAUGCUUCUUACUGAUUUGACUGGGGAGAACUAUAAAGAGAUCCCCCCAGGGAAAACUGAGAGAAUCACCAGCUAUAUAUUGAGAUAUAGUAGGGGCUUCUAAAGAAAUGCCUUCUCUUACUCCAUACUCCUCAAGGCACUUUAUUAGUCAAAACAAAGAAUCUGGGCUGAUGUGAAAGAUGCAACAUAACAUAUUAAGAAUCUUGACUUGAGCCAUGGAGAUAGCUGAGCACAAGGGGCUGGGUGGUGGUGCACCUGGCUGAGCACACGUUUACAGUGCACAAGGACUCAGGUUCGUGUCCCCAUUUCCCACCUGCAGGUGUCUCUUUGUCUCUCUCCCUUUCUGUCUCCCCCUUCCCUCUCAAUUUCUAGCUGUCUCUAUCCAAUAAAUACAUAAAGUAAAAAGAGUUGCAUAUUUAUAAAAAAAAAAGUUAGCU